GGCAAACUAGUAACACAAUGGACGCAAUACAACACGGUUGGUUUAGUGAAAUACAAAAUGAAUUAUGGCCGGGUCAAAGUUUCUCUUUAAAAGUGAAAACUGUUCUUCACAAAGAAAAAUCAAAGUUUCAAGACAUACUCAUAAUUGAUACGGAAACAUAUGGAAGAUGCCUUAUUCUAGAUGGAAUUAUUCAGUGCACUACACGAGACGAAUUUUCUUAUCAAGAAAUGAUAUCAUUUAUACCACUUUGUUCUCAUCCAAAUCCAGAAAAAGUACUAAUUGUUGGGGGUGGUGAUGGAGGUGUAGCACGUGAAGUUGCAAAACAUCCAAAAGUCAAGGAAAUUCACCAAGUUGAAAUAGACGAUCGUGUCGUGGACUUAUCAAAAAAGUUUCUUCCAGAAAUGGCCAGGGGAUUCGAUAGCCCGAAGUUGAAACUAGUUAUCGGCGAUGGAUUCAAAUACAUGAAAGAUCAUAAAGACGAAUUCGAUGUAAUAAUUACAGAUAGUUCAGAUCCAAUUGGACCAGCGGAAAGUCUUUUCAAAGAGAGCUAUUAUGGCCUAAUGAAAACAGCUUUAAGAGUAGGUGGAAUAGUGUGCUCGCAAGGUGGAAGCUUUUGGCUCGACCCAAGUCAUGUAAAAGAGGUUAUGACCGGUUGCCGAGUUCAUUUCCCUAAUGUAUCUUAUGCUGUUACAUCAAUUCCAUCCUACCCUUGUGGACAUAUUGGUUUUGUAGUUGGGUGCUUAGACCAAAAACUUAAUCUUAAUACUCCUAAACAAUUAUUUUCUUCUAAAGAAAUUGAUGAAAUGGAUUUGAAGUACUACUCAAGUUCCAUUCAUACGGCUUCUUUCAAUCUUCCUAGAUGGGUCCACAAAUACUUUUACGAAUCACAGUAGGCUCCCUGUUUACAUAAAACAAACAUACUUAUAACAACAUUUUAAACGAAAUUAAAUAAAAUAUUGAAUGACAA